GGGCUUUGAUUCCUUCCAGUGAGUGCAGUGCGUCAGGCCAGGCAGGACGGGGUACCUUCGGAUCUUCCGCCCCCAAGAAGAGGCCCAUCCCAACUCGCCCAGGCCAUAUAAAGUCUCAGCCCAUCCCCAUCACCCUCUGCAUUGACGCCACGAGCAUUCGAGCAUCAUCCAACGCAAUCAAUAUCGACUAAGCCUUCAUCGCAACAAUCGCCGCAUCCAUCACCAACGAACCUCUAUCAACUUUAUCGUCGAUACCGCUAUCAACAUGAGAUUCCUCCCCUUUGUCGCCGCCGCUCUCGCGGUUGUCCCAGGCGCCCUUGCUGUUGAUCAAAAGAAGUCAGCUAUCGUCUGGUUCGAGGACGAGUCUACCCCCGACAACAUCGUCGAUGAGUGCAAGAACGCCCUCAUCAAGGCUGGCGGAAAGAUCACUCAUGUUUACUCCAUCAUCAAGGGCUUCUCCGUCAUCGCACCCGAGAAGGCGCUCGAGAUCGUUCAAGUCAACCACGAGAACCAUCAGAUUCGGGUUGAGAAGGACGAGGUUGUUACAACGGACUAGAGGUGCUAGAGGUAAUACGAAGAUGACGAUACAAAGACGAUGGGAUAACGGCAUGCCUUUGAAGUGAAUCGACCGCGGUUUCGCGGCAGUAUUGGGAUAGUGAUAUCCCUUGUUUGGGCGUUAUAGGAUAGGAGCCUCGGUAUUGCCUAGAAGAGAACACUCGUUACGAUAUUCAAUGAGCUCAUUAUUAUCACAAAACGUUCCCCUAGUGGAAUAGAACUUUUGUUAUUCAACAUUUCUUCCGCGGCUGCUUGUGAUGCUAGCCCUAUAAAUAGUCAUCAACUCGAAACACAUGCUCAUCAGCUGUCAGUGCGCAAUACACCAGUACAGCUCCACCAAGGUUGAUAACACGGAAGUGACAGAACCCAACCUUUUUGGCCUAUUCCUCUGGAGUGCUAUAUUGGUAGCGCUUUCAUGAACCUUUGUUCUAUUGGUGUGCUGAUGUGUUCAUUCUAUGAUCCUUUAAAUUCAUGGGCCCAGAUUGGCAGAAGCAUAAUGUAUCUAUUGACUACGGAGUAAAGGUUAAUAAACUAUGUCUCGCCGCCAUGAACAUCCGCACUUACACACCAGGUACCCCCACUACCGAGUAUGGAGCUGCGUCAUUGUAGAUUGCCAGUAUAUAGGUCUUAUUCUUGUUGUUGCUGUGUAUGUUCACUGACUGUUUCAUUUUCAUUUCAAGCUGCGCAGUCACGCUUUCUGUAUAUUAUUACGGUAUCCGGACACUUCUGCUACAAAGAAUGCCUCAGAUGCCACAAUAUUCGAUCACCUUUGGUUUACAUGCAUAUUUUAUAGACGUGUGAAGUAUUACAGGAACUACCUAUACGCGACUCAUGACCAUUACACCCCAAC